AUGAGUGAUGAAACAGCUACUGUCACUACAAUUGAGACAAUUAAAAGGAAACUUAAAAAGUACACUGCUUUAAAAGAACACGAAAAAGUUAAGGAAUAUCUUCGUAAGUUGUAUAAAAUAUCCAUUACUGCUGCCAUAAUUCAAGAAACAAAAAUCGAUAAACUCAUUCGUCAUUUUGCAUCAAAUAAAACAGCUAAAUACAAUGGUUUAGCAAAAUCGGUAUUAAAAAGAUGGUAUCAUAAAAAGCUAUUACCUAAAUCUACCAAAGUAAAACCUGCAAUAAAUGCAAAUUUAGCAAUUGUUGAAAAUAAUUCUACUGAUAAUAGAAGAAAUUCUGAUGAAAUAAAUGAAUCUCAAUCGUCUGACGACAAUAAAAAACGUAAAGUUCUUUCACUUGCUCAAUACCUUGAAAAUAAAAAACAUGUUUUAUCUCCAUCAUCAACGAUGAAUUCAACUCAAAACAAAUUAAGUAAUACGCAAAUUGAAAUUAUCAAUGCACAAUUUAAAGCUACUACCGAAAAGUUGACUGCAAGUGCACCCGAUCUUACUAAGAUUUUCGAUAAAAAUCUAAUAGAAACAGAUGAAAUAGAUAACAGUCGAAUAGAUUUUACUGUUAGAAGACCUGCCAUUCAACAAGAAAAAACGAAAUUUCAUGAUUUAUGGACUGAAGAUGACGACGAUGAUGACGAUCUUAACAUGCAAUUACAAAGUAAUCCAGCCAAUACAGUAAAUAGUAGUAGUGUUCAAACUCAAAAGGUACGAUAA